AUGUCGACUGGGGCAAAUCCCACUUACGCACCUGGCCCUACGAAUUCAAGAACCACCUCUAUGAAUGCGAACCAUACCCAUGCCGAUUAUCCCAAUGGACAUCAUCACCAUAACGAUGCAGGAGUUAAGAAGGGAAAACAGAAGAAGGGGACGGAUCCUAGUGAAGCCUCGAAACUUAUUGCGGCCAAAAUCUCGCAACUGGAACUAGAUGCAGCUGGAGAGAAGGAUCAAGAGGCAGAGAUUGAACGCGAAGUCAAAAAAGCGAAUCGAGAACUGAAUUCCUCAAUAUCCAAAAUGGACGAUCUUCAAAAAAUCGAGACACUCCAAAAGAGGGUCACGGAACACCUUGCGGACAUGAAACGACUGGAGCGAGAUAAUCAGAAAAACAAGAAGCGUGGUGAUGUGUUGCAGAAGGAGAAAGACGUCGCGAGAACCGACCUUGGCAAAGCCGUCGUCCUCCGAGAAAAGCUGGAGAAACUCUGCAGAGAAUUACAGAAAGAGAACAAUAGACUCAAGGGUGAAAACAAAACUCUACAAGAUAAUGAAAAGAUUGCCAAGGAAGAAUGGGAUCAGAAGUGUAGUGAAAUUCUGUGGCAGUUCCAGGACUAUCAGCAUACAAAGGAUAAUCCAAAAACUGUGGUUAUCAAUCCUGAACUUGACGAACUUUUUAAAGCAAAGUUCAAGUCAUUGAUUGAUCAGUACGAAUUACGGGAGCUCCAUUUCCAUUCUCUUCUGCGUACAAAGGAGCUUGAAGUUCAGUAUAAUCUUGCUAGGUUCGAGCGUGAACGCAGAGCUGCUGAGCAGGAGGUAAACCGGGCAAAACAGUUGAAUCAGCAGGUUCUAACCUUUUCUAAAACCGAAACCGAGUUACGAAACCAGUUGAACAUUUAUGUGGAGAAGUUCAAGCAGGUGGAAGAUACGCUCAACAACAGCAAUGACUUAUUUCUAACGUUUCGCAAGGAAAUGGAAGAAAUGUCGAAAAAGACUAAACGUCUCGAAAAGGAAAACAUGGCUUUGACUCGAAAGCACGAAGCUACCAAUAAGAACAUACUUACGAUGGCCGAGGAGCGCACCAAGAGUUCCCAUGAAAUUGAGGCAUUAAAGACGAGAAAUGAAAAGUUGAGAGAUAUCAUUGAUCAGAUGCAGAGGCAAGGACGAGGUCUUACCCAAGGCAUGGCAGGAACCGUGGAGGGAGAGUAUGCUGAAGGUGAUUUGGAAGGCACGGAGAGCGAGUACGAGUACGAAGAGGGCGAUGACGAAGGAAGCGAGGGAGAAUAUGACGACGAUACAGAGGAAGAUGUUCACCCUGUGCCCCCAAGACCCUUUGGACCUGUACCACCACCACCUCCAGCCUUGAAUGGAAUGGCGGCUGCGAAUGGCGUACACUGA